CUCUCCUUCCAUGGGCAUUUGCUUAAAACCCCUCCGUUGUAUCUCAGAUCCUGCGCUACAACGCCAUUAUACACUUAAGUUAUUGGCGCCUCGAAUCGUUAGGGUCAUGUUUCGUCAAUGUUUCGUCAAUGUUUCGUUAUCACUGAAUUGUUCAUUCGAGAGUUCCGAACUCUCCAAUCAACAGCAAUCGAGUCGCCAAUGCAACAACAUAUUAUGCUCUAUGCGAACGUCCAAACAGGCUGGAAGUCGAAUAACUAUGACUUUCAGCACUUUUUCAUUCAGUCUAUCCAUCUUUUCUUCAUUAAUCUGGAAUUGCAGGAAUGACCGGAGGACUAUGGAACGAUCCGCCGAAAAUUCCAGGCGGUCAGGAGUAAACAUGUUGCACUUCAAAUUCGUGGUCCGAUUUAUUAUAAAAGGAAAGAGGGUACCUUUACUCGCUAGAAGACUCGAACGGUAGACAAUAUGAAGAACUUCUUCUCCACGCUCCCACUCCUCCUCCUAUCUUUCUUCCUCAUCUCGGGAGUUCGAGCUGAUGGCGGCUGCCCAGACGAUUACGAGCCCGUCGUAAUCGAUGGGGAAGCUGUAUGCGAGCAGAUUAUCCACCAUUGUAUUGGUGGUGAAGAACGGCGCUACCUUGACAGUCACAACGCACGUCUCUGCUGUGACCCCAGAGAACAGCUGGUGAUCUACGACGAAGUGUCCCGUGCUGGUGUGUGUUGUGGUUUUGACCAGAUUUACACCGGGAUCAAACCCAACGGCAAAUGCUGCCCACCCAAAUCUGUCUUGAACGCAGCCGGAGCGUGCAUACCUGAGCCAUUACCCUCGAGUUGCCAAGGCUGCCCCGCUCAACAGCCAAAUGCAUGUCAGUUGGGGGUUGCUUGCGGAAACGCCGCGAACAAUGGAUUACAGUUCGGCAAAUGCUACCAGCUGCUGUUCGCUAACGGACAUCAACUUGGAAGAGGUGUGUCUUACGGUACUCCGGAUAUGUACACUCAAGAUGGCUAUAUUCAAAACAUCCCAUACCAGAUCUGCAAGACGCCGACGGAUUGCGGAACUGGACCAGUUGCGAAUAUGCAAGACUUCUACGUCAAGGAUCUCGUUGGACCGGCUGAUGGCUCGGCACCUUUCGGUUGGAGCAACUCCUUAAACGGCGCCCACAUGACCAUCACCACGAGCAACAACAUCGUUGACCUUGCCCACUUCAACGGACGAACAUCGUGCUCUUCUUGCAAGUGCGUCGUACAAGUCAGCGCGUCGUAUGCGUGCCCCGCCAUUCAGCCCGGUAUUACCUUCUGGGCAAACAAGAAAGUAACCUUGAAGUUGCAAUUCUUGGAGAUCCCGUGCACCGGAAAAUUCAACUUCCCCAUCGUAUAAUGGGUUGGUUACGGGGCUAAAUCCUAGUAUGCUUUGACUUGUGUUUUCCGAAAGUUCUUUAUUUCGCCCGAUUUUUUGUUCUAUCAUAUAUAAAACGCAACUUCCCGUUCGAAUAGAUUCAGAGUUCCAAAUCAAACAUCAUAUACUCAAUAUCUCUAUUGUUUUUCCUUUGUU